AUGCCUCGCACGACCACCCUCCCCCCACACGAGCCUCCCCACGAGCUUGACCAAGCGCUUACCUAUCUGCUGGAGCAGCUGCCCCAGCUCCGCGCAGCAACGACCAACUUCGCAACAGGCAUAGCAGGCAUAGCAGGCAUAGCAGGCAUAGCCAGCAGAAUCAACCCCCUAGCCCGCCCGCCAACACCGCACCCCGACCGUCCCCAGCCUCAGAAGGCGAGGGUAUUGGGGGAGAACUUAGCCAGCAGCGCGUUUGGGAUUCUGGCUGCUUCGGUUCGGUGGACGCGAGAGACGGUCGAGGCGGUGACGGCGAGAUUGAUGGAGGAUAAGGAGGGGAGUGAGUGGGUUGAGGCGGCGCGGCGGGCAAGUAUGGAAGAUCCGGCGACUGGGGAUGGGGUGGAGGGACGGGAGAGGAGGAGGAGGUAUUACCAGUGGGAGGAAGAUAGUACGGAUGGCAUGACGGAUGGGGAUGGGGAGGGGGAUGGGGUUGUGGUGUGGCCGCCGGAAUUUGAUGAGGAGAAUGGGGAGUGGAAGGACGUGGGUGCCCACCGUAGGGGGGAGGAGAGUGAAGGAAAGGGAAAGGGAAAAGGAAAGGGAAAGAAAAAGAAGCAGAGAGUGAAUCACGGAUUCAAAGCUGAGAGUGUGUAUGGUGGGACCGAGGGAGACGGCAUACCGGAGGAGGGCCAUGAUCGCAGUAUACACGACAAGCAGGAAGAGCAGAAGGACCAUCCGAAACUCGCAACCACCCAGCCCCAGGGCUUGGAAGAAGAUCUAGACAGCGGCAACAAAAGCGAGCUUGACCUCUCUCCGCGCAAGGGAAAAGGUGCCGCUAAACCAUUACCUACCAGCACCCCACCCUUUCCAACCCGCAGCAGGAAUUUCUCACGACUUGCACCCACCUCCUCAGACCUGUCUUUCUCAGCCUUCCUCUCAACACCCCCCGCCACCAAUCCCACCACCAACCCCUCCCCCAACCCAGCCACCGAGGGCGAAGCUAGUACGCGCAAACCCCCUCGCUCUAACAUCCCCGUGGACGUCGCAUUCUCAAACCUGCUUAAACCUCCCAGCCGCAAGCCCACCAACACCGCCGCUCCGCCACCGGACUCCUCGACGCCGGGUGCGUCUCCAGCAGACCACCCCGCUCCAGCUCUCUCUGAAGCACCCGCAGACGCCAGUGGCCCUAGGACUCCAAGCCGCACGCCCACCUCUACCGACUCUUCACCAACACAUCCAUCGAUGCUGGGAGCGGUUCCGGCAGAGCGCCUCGCACCAACUCUCUCCGAGGUUUCUAUAAGGCGGGGGCGGACUCCGGGGGCUUACUAGG